GUUAUAGUUUCACAAUCGCUCAAAUAUACUGUGUAUCAAUAAGGAAGAGUGUUCAUUUAAUAACCUGCAAGUUCAUAAAAGUUGUGAAAUUUGGUUGUAUAGAAAUGCGAGUUCAUAUAAAGAGACUGUGUUUGGGACUUAUGUAUAUAUGGGGAAUUGCGCUCUUCAUGUACAUCGCAAAGUUUAACAACCAUAACAAAUUUAAAACUUAUUUCGGGAAACAUCUUACAGAUAUUGAAAAGACUGCCAAUUCGCAUGCCGAUAAAUUGUUAACCUCUGAUCGUACAAAUGAUUAUGUCGUUCAGACACCUAAAGGUAGACAUGGAACUACCAGCAAAAUUGAUGACAUUACAAGAAGCAAAUACCUCGCUAGUCCUAAGUUUAGGCAAAUACAGAAAGCCAAACAGAACGAAAAAUUUGAAGCAAAGAAUAAAGGAGGUUUAUGCAACUUAACAAUAUUUCAUGCUGAUUUAGAAACAAGAGCAAACACCUGGCAGCAAGUUGACAUGAAAAAAUCCAUGUAUGUGUUUUCUGCCUAUUAUACUCAAUCUAAGGUUUACAUUAUUGGAGUAAAACCCCGAAAAUCAGUUCGAGUGAUUUGUCAGCUGUGGUCAUGGGAUGUUAAUGGGUAUUUAACUGUAACACAAGAAACAAUGGCAACAGAAACUGCAAUGCCGGAUGGAUAUAAUCAAACAUUUGCAUCAACAAUUUACAAAUGUUCAAUCAAUCAUCCAGACAUACCUGCGUAUGUAUCAAUGGUAAUAGAGUCCUGUGACAGCCCUUUAAACCUGAUCCGCGUACACGAUGUGGCAACAGUGCAAUACAAUGCACAGUUCACUGUAUGUCUCUCUCCACUGAACUUCCGGUAUGGUCGUGCAUAUGAAUUGGUAGAAUGGAUUGAGCUGAAUAAAAUUCUCGGAGCAGAUAAAUUUGUAAUUUAUAAUUAUUCCAGCGCUGUUAAUGUAGCCCAGGUUCUAGAUUAUUAUACCAAAAGGAACACGACAGAAGUUAUACAAUGGCAACUGCCAAUGGGAGUUGAUACAUUUCCAAAAACAAAUCAAAUAGUAGAAAUACAUUAUUUUGGCCAGACAGCCGCUCUCAAUGACUGUUUGUUCAGGAAUAAGAAAUUGUCUGAAUAUGUUGUUAACCUUGACGUAGACGAGUUUAUAAUUCCGCACUCUAAACAUACAAAUAAUUGGAAUGAUAUCAUAAACCAACAAGGAAAAUUUUCAGUAUAUUUAUUCAAGAAUACAUUCUUCAGAAAAGACUGGGGAAAAUUGGAUAUUCCUUUUGAUAGCAAGAAAUUAGCCGAUGAAUUUCGGCUAGUAACAUUACAAGUAUUUCACCACGAAGCAAAGAUAUUUCCAGGAAAGUUGAGAUCCAAAUAUAUCGCGAAAACUGCAGAUAUUGACUACAUGUUGGUACAUGAAGUUCCGCGUUCUCGUUGGGUGACUGUACCUGCAAACAUUAGUCUAUUACACCAUUAUCGAAAUUGGGAGAACCCAAAGGACAAACUCCAGAGAGUAACUGACACAACUGUAAUGGAAAAAUUUAGAACAUUACUUACAAAAAAUGUUCAAAAAGUAUGGAAGGACCUUUCACACGUUAAGAUGGAUAUUCCAAUAACUUAAAAUGAAAUAAAUAUUAAAUAGAGCAAAACAACAGUUUAACAAGGGCAUGCUAUGUCGCAAUAAUUUCUGUUACAUGUAAGAUAUAAUUAUUUGUACGAACGAAUGCAUUCAUAGUUUAAAGGAACUCCACUGAGGUCCAACACAUAGAACAACUGGGACACUUAAAACAGAAAAAAAUGCAAAAGUUAAUUCCAAUACUAUAUUGAAAAAAAUAUUUUCAUGCUCUCUUUUUUGUCCGAUUUGUGUGAAAACGUUGCAACGUUUUUCAAUUUUGUGUCAAUUUUUAUGAAGUGAAAAAUUCAGAGUGAUAUAAUGAUUAGAAAUUUGUACAAAAGAAAUUGCUCUAGACCUACAUCAAACGGGAUAUUAAUCUCGGAAAGUUAGUUUCAGUCCCGUCAUGUCAAAGAAAAACUUAGUGGUGUCCAUUAAAUGAGCGGCGGUAUAUAGUACAUUUUCUCCACACUUAAUGUAUGACACAGUUUCAAUAAUAAUGAUUAAUUGGAAAUUCCCUAAUUAAUGAAUACAUAAUAUUUUGUCUAGCCGAUGCGUUACGUCCUGUUUUCAUUGAUGAUCGAAAUAUAAGCUCGUCUCUGGAGUAUCAGAAGUCUUUUUUUUCUCCCCAACCCCCUCUCCAACAAUUUAUUCAAUCUUUAGCGGUGUCCUAUUGCAAUCGUUUAACUGUCAUUGAAUGAUGCAGGCGGUAUCUGAUACAGAGUAUAUUUUAACCUUUAAAAAUAGCAGGCGAUA